AUCAAACUCGAUCCAACUAUUGAGCAUUAAACAUUACCUGAACUGAAGUUCCUAAAGACAAUCAAUCAAAUCAAAAUGAAAUCGUUCGUAGUAUUUGCUGUCAUCGCGACCGUCAUUGCUGCCGUAAGCUGUGCCCCACAGUUUGGAUUCGGGGCGUCCGGAGCAGGAGCCAACGCCGCAUCCCAAGGAAUGGGAAUGGGAGGAGGAUUCCCCGGCAUGGGUGGUGGCAUGAGUUCCUCAAACGCCAACGCCGGUGCACAAGGUUUUGGAAUGGGCGGUGGAUUCCCCGGAAUGGGAGGCGGCAUGGGAGCUUCGUCCGCAAACGCUGGCGCCGCUUCGCAGGGAUUCGGAAUGGGUGGACCUUUCGGAGGCAUGGGUAUGGGAGGAUCGGCGGCCAAUGCUGGAGCGCAAGGUAUGGGCCAGGGAUUUGGUGGAUAAGAAGUAGUAUGUGAUUGGAGUUUCCACGCGGUGUUCAAAUUACUUUUAUUUUAUAGAUUGUGUAUUUAUUUAUAAAACUUCUAAAUAACGUGAGAAUCGAUUGAUUGAUGUGAAUGUUUUCUUUAGAGUGAUUAAUAAACAAAAA